CGCUUCUGUCUGGUAUAGCCAAAGGACAGUCUCGACGGGUGGUUUUCCAGGUUGCUAUUAUUCCUCGUUGUCUUGUUUAUUGAUAGCCCUCGCUUUUUCUCUGACUCAUCUUUCUACGACCUUCUUGUGGCUGUUUGCUGGCCUUUUGCCCACCCCCUCCAUCUUCUAAACGGCACACGACUCAUCUCGCUGAUGAGACGGCCAUUGCCUCCUAUUCUCGAUGACAUUUAGUUCUGGUAGAUUACAGUAAUACCCGCAAGCCCUCCUUCUCUGACGUUCCUCUGCCUCACUUACAUAUGCUGCUUGAUUGCUCGGAUCGUUUUGCCAAUCCUCCAGGCAAUUAACUCUGGCAGGAGCAUAGUCUGGCAAGCGCUACUCGACUCGGCAACCGUCACCUCCGCGUUGAUCGCAUCCCCCAGCGUUUUCUCACCUUACCCAUGACUGCUGUGGCUUCUCCUCCUAGUGUCCAAUCCGGCCCGCGCUUAGGAUGGUAUUCUGCUGGUAACAGUGGACAAGGUGGUUUUUCCUCUGCCAGUGCAGACGAGGUUUCACGGAUGUUCAUGCCUCGGAGAGGUAUCCAGCGAACAAGCUCUUCCUCCUCUAUUUCAUCUUCCACUUCCUCUUCAUCUACCGCCACCGUGCGCUCGCAACUCAGUAAUGGUGGCCAAAAUUCCACCUCAGAAUCGAACAGUGCACCUCCAGGGAAAAAGCCAUCCAGAUACGUUUGGUCCGGUUCGAAGGCGGAACCUGUUUCUGGAGUGACGAAUGCUCGUACCCAGCCUGUGUCUGCACCACCCACCGGAUCUGCAGCAUCAUCAGCAAUGUCAGCCUUACAUCAACCUUCCCCUGUUGUACCAUCCCAACAUGGCCUCCCCUCUGCGCAGCAAAAUGGUAUCCGUGGUGCAACUCGACCGAGCCCUAACGAACCGACAGCGAUUCUGAGCUUGAUCCCUUUGAAUGGCACUUUUGAAAGAAAGCAGAUUACAGUUCCUUAUUUCCCAGAGCUGUUGCGCAUAGGGCGCCAAACCAAUGCGAAAACCGUUCCGUCUCCUGUAAAUGGAUAUUUUGAUUCAAAAGUAUUAUCGAGACAACACGCUGAAAUUUGGGCCGAUAGACAAGGGAAGAUCUGGAUUCGUGACGUUAAGUCGUCGAAUGGCACCUUUGUCAAUGGCCAACGUUUAUCGCCUGAAAACACAGACUCGGUACCCCAUGAGCUGCGGGAGCACGAUACACUCGAGUUGGGUAUUGACAUUGUGAGCGAAGAUCAGAAAUCUAUUGUCCACCACAAGGUUUCUGCAAAAGUUGAACACGCUGGGGUGUAUGGACCCAAUAUAAAUGUUUUGGACUUGAAUUUUGGCGACAUUGACCCAACCUCCGGAGGUGGCCUACUUCCUCACCAUCUUACUCAGCCAUUGACCCAUAUGCGAGGCCGCCAAGGAAGUACAUCAUCGGCGGCAAGCUCUCGGAGUUCCCAGGGAGUUAAUGGAAAUCACUUGAAUGCAUUGAACCAGCAAAGGCAGAUAAAUUACUGGUUAUCGCCGAUAUCCAUUGAGCAAGUAGUAAAAAAACUUACGACGGAAGUGAAGCAAGCGAAGUAUCAUACACAAGACCUAGGCAAAACAAAUGAUUUCAUAACGCACCUUGUUGCACGUGACGGCUUAGAGAAGGAUCGUACUAAACUCUCACCCAUCGAUGCUCCCCCAGCCGGACGCCAAGUUAAUGGCCGGCCAAAGGUGCAUAGAAACGACUCAUUCUCCCGAUUUUCCGACCCUCCUGCCCCUCCUCCGCAACAACCUUUACCAGAGAAGCCCGAUGUGGCCGCGCGUUCCAAUCAUUCCCAAGCUAUAUCGCCAAUAAGACGUAGCGACACUGAGAAAGCGAGGUCUCCUGCAAACUCUGUUCGCGAGUCGAGUCAGAUAUUGUCGCUGAUAGAAGCUCUUGCAUCUGCAAAGAAGGAGCUAGAUUUACAAGGCACUCGCGUUAAAGAGUUGGAAGAGCUGCUGCGCCACGAGAGAAUUGCUCGCGAGACGGCGGAAGAGCGUGCUCGAAAGCUUGAAAACGAGCGUUCUGUACCAGUUGAACCACUGUCAGUGGCCCAGAUCGUCGAAGAUGAUGACGAUAUGUCUGUGACCACUGUUGUUGAGCCUCUGGAUGAGAAACAGGUGAAAGCAUCAGAGGUGUCGGAAUCGUCUAUCGAACUGCCGGCUUCUGAUUCGGCUGCAAAAGAGCUACAGUUGCGGCUUGAUACAUUAAUCUCCGAAAUGGAUGAAAUGCGCAAGGAAGUUGACAAAUAUAAGCGUUCAGCGGAACAGGCCGAAGUCGAGGCUGCGAGGAGCCGAAAGACCCUUGCAGAGAUGGUUGAGCAGGUUCGACGCGAGCGUGCUGAUGAGGUUGCAAAGAAGCAAACCGAGCCAGAAGGCACGUCUUCCAAUGCUCCCUGCGAGCCAGUAUUUAGAAAAGAGAGCGAAUCGCUUGAUACAAGCGCAAUCGAGGCGCUAGAAAUGCGAUGUCGGCCUAUAGCAGCCACACGCAUACAGGAGCUCGAACGAGCAGCCACCGCGUUCGCAAAGCAGCGGCAGAAGCCAAGUAUGUUUGAGCAGACAGCUCCUUAUGCUUCGAUGAUCGGCGUUGUGUUACUUGGAGUUGGGAUAAUGGCGUAUCUCAAUGGAUGGCAAAGGGGGGACAGAUAAUAUUAAGUUUGUCCUCUUGGUAAAGAAUAUCAUUAUUGCAUACCUUUUCGGUCCACAUGAGACAAGGAAUGGUUGCGUGCAUUUUGAAAUGAGGAUGAUAUGAUUGAAUUAUGGAGUCUUAUCCCACAUCUUCGCUCCUUGAACAUAGUGUCCUUUCCUAUGUUUCUUUCUAUGGUAUCCUUUUUUGUUUUUCCCCUUUUUCUCGGCUCACCUUUCUCCUUUGCUUUUUUUGGCCUUUUACAAGCGGGCUUGGGUGGUCAUUUGGAAUAAGCGAUAUCAGGAUUCUAUAAUACUUCUGUCUACUGGUUUGUAUCGUUCGAUCGAUCCCGCUGUUUUCUCUAUUCGCUUUUUUCCGUUUAAUUUUCUUUCGAGUGAUUUUCAUGCUGCAUCUAGUGACGUCUCCUGGAACAGCAGAAGAUCAUAAUGAUCAGUGGUCUCAAAUUCGUCCCAUCUUAAGCUUGCAAUUCGUCUCUUUGCUCUUCUCUUCUUUUUCCUUUCCUCCUCUUUUUGCCUUGAUUCCAGUUUCAACGUCUAUUAUACUCUUCUUAUUAUGGCCCAUUCUUCAGCUUCAAGAUAUUUGUCUCUCUGUCUUCCGUAUACAUUCUUCCCCUUUCAUAUUUUGUUGCCAUGAAUACAAUACCUAUUUCUUCCUCCAGUCCCUUCAUUGCUGUUUCAUAAUGAUUGGUAUUUGAAAAAUUUUUCUGAUCGAGAGACGAAUGAAUUUCCUUUUACCACUUAU